CCAGCUGCUGCACGUAAACAUACAUGUGUGUGCAUGGGAGAGAGGCUGUCCCCGGGACGUGUUUGCCGUGUCUGGACGUCCUGGAGCUCUCCUGCUGAGGAAACUUCCAGCUGCUGUGGGAUGUCAGACCAAAACCACCGGAGUUAGUCAGCAGGACGGGUCAGUCUGGACGGUUUGACUGCAGAGACCUGGAGGUGGAGGUGGAGCUGGGGAGGGGGGUCCGUGUGGCCGGGAUGCUGCCGUGGUGUCUGCUGUGGCGGGGAGACCUGUGAAACAUGAAGGUGGAGGCGCUGACUUUCCUGGCCCUGGCUGUGUCCGUGGUCAGCCUCGUUGCCACGGUGACCGGCGGGCGCUCAGGACGCAGGAGGCACAAAGAGGUCUUCCUCGGGGAGAACAGCAAGUUCAAGUUUGGAGGACGUAUUGACUACAAACUGAAGAGGCAGGACAGCACCAAAACGCUGCUAAUAAAAAGUGAACAGCUGCUGAGGAUCGAGGAGCACGACUUCGCCAUGAGACCAGGCUUCGGGGGUGCAGCCAUCCCCGUCGGCAUCGAUGUGCAGGUGGAGAGCAUCGACAGCAUCUCAGAGGUCAACAUGGACUUCACCAUGACUCUCUACCUGCGUCACUACUGGAAAGACGAGCGGCUGGCGUUUCCGUCUCGGAACAACCAGAGCAGGACGUUUGACUCCCGACUGGUGAAGAAGAUCUGGGUUCCCGACGUCUUCUUCGUCCACUCCAAACGCUCCUUCAUCCAUGACACCACCAUGGAGAACAUCAUGCUGCGGGUUUACCCCGACGGAAACAUCCUCUACAGCGUCAGGGUCACUGUUACUGCUCUCUGCUCAAUGGACUUCAGCAGCUUCCCUCUGGAUACGCAGAACUGCUCACUGGAGCUGGAGAGCUAUGCGUACAAUGAGAACGACCUGAUGCUUUACUGGAAGAAUGGGAACGACUCUCUGAGGACGGAUGAAAUCGUCUUGUCUCAGUUCUUCAUUGAGCAUUUCCAGGCCUCCAGUGGCCUGGCUUUCUACAGCAGCACCGGUUGGUACAAUCGACUGUUCAUUAAUUUCAUCCUUCGGAGGCACAUCUUCUUCUUCAUGCUGCAGACGUACUUCCCCACUAUGCUGAUGGUGGUUCUGUCCUGGGUCUCCUUCUGGAUUGACAGGAGGGCUGUGCCUGCACGGGUCUCACUGGGUAUAACCACAGUUCUCACAAUGUCCACCAUCAUCACAGGCGUGUCCUCCUCCAUGCCUCAGGUGUCAUAUGUGAAAGCAGUGGACAUCUACCUGUGGACCAGCUUCCUGUUUGUCUUCCUGUCUGUUAUCGAAUAUGCAGCGGUGAACUACUGCACCACUCUGGAGGAGAUGAGGAAGAUGAAGAGGGGGAAGAUCCCGUCCACUUUCAACGCCAGCCAGGCGAUGGCCUUUGAUGGCUGUUUCCACGAUAAUGAGAUUGAGCUGACCUCGUUUCCCCGGAUGGCACCGACCCUGACCUCUGACCCCCUCACCACUCCAACCCAAAAUCCAGACAUUCGCCCCACGGAGGGAACGCGCCUCCGCCGGCAGCGAUCAGUGCGAGAAAACGUGGACCUGCUAGUCAGCAACAGCUAUAUGAUCGACUCGUACUCCCGCCUGGCCUUCCCUCUGUCCUACCUGCUCUUCAACACCAUCUACUGGAGCCUGUACUCCUGAUCCAGCACUUCAAACUCUCCCUGAACUCUGCUGCACUUAACUGAGUCCAAGUGUUGAGUCAGAGAGCAGGUUGGAGGAUUCCUCCUCUCCACGGGGCUCCACAGGCACUUCACUUCACUGAUCACAGGGGCCCCUGUUCACUCAUUCAGCUCCUGCUUCAUCACAGAUCACGUUCUUUGCAAAAGAGAUUGAGAUAAAAGCACUCGAGUCCCUCAGCCUGAGUAGGAACUCUCUAAUUAUGCAGUUUCACCCUGCUGUUUGUCUCAUGGGAGUGGGAUGAAUCCUGAGAGUGAGGUAAUGAAUCCUGAUUUUUUUUUUUAGAAUAAUCUGUACAUGUGGCUGUUUCUUUUUAGUAUACUAUUAAUACUCGAAAAGCUUAUUUCUGAUGGAUAUUAGACUUGUGUUGAAUUCCUUGGCUGCAGGGAAAUACUCAAAAAUCUAAUUUAUGUGAAAAUGUUCUUUUUUUUGAAAAACAUUCUUUUCCUUUUGAUGAAUGGAGCAAACAAACAUCUGUACGUGUAAUUUAAUUUAUUUCUCAAUAAAUUUUUAUCUUGUU